GUUCCGUGCAACCGUAUAUGUCACGUAUGUUGCCUUGCUUCUGCUGCGUCGGCUGUGUAAUUAAAUUCGUAUUAUGACAUCUUGCUACGAGCUAUUAACUUUCUAGUUAAUAAUACAAGUGAAUUAUCAAUAAUGGAUAACAUACACGUGAUGCCGAACAAGAGCGAAGCUGAACUCACUCCGGAAGAGAAAUGGAGGGUGGAACACAUAAAGAUGCACGAAAAGCAUCGAGGGCACGAAUCUAUGCACACAGAGAUGCUUCUCAUCCUCUUAGUGACCCUGAUAGUCGCACAGGUGUUCCUUGUUGAAUGGAAAAAACGGCAUUAUAAAUCUUAUCAGAUGAUCACGUUGCUUGCCAUGUGGGUGAUACCGCUUGUAUUAUGCAUAAGAAAUCAGUGGUGGAGAUUUAUAUUUUUAUGGCACGUAUUCUCGUGCAUAACUUGGCUCAUAGUUAGAAAAGCGUUGCAACGACCAAUUCAGGGCACUACACCUAGAUUAGUUUACAAAUGGUUCUAUUUCAUUUACAAAUUAAGUUAUACCUUGGGUAUUAUUGGAUACGUUAUAAUGCUGGCCACAUUCUUUGGCUUGAAUUUGAUAUUUGACGUCAGUCCCCACGUGUGGAUGGACUAUGGCCUACUCUUUGUUUUCUAUGGUCUUUACUUCGGUGUACUGGGCAGAGACAUCUCAGAAAUUUGUGCCGACAAAAUGGCCUCACAUAUCGGGUAUUACGCUCCAGGCAGUAUGCCAACAAGAACAUUGGAGCCAGGAGUAUGCGCAGUGUGUGGCAACAGAUUGUUGGUUUCUGAAAAUGAGGAAGGAGUUAUUGAGAAUACAUACAAAUUGAGUUGUGAUCACGUAUUUCACGAGUUCUGUAUCAGAGGCUGGUGUAUCGUAGGUAAAAAGCAAACCUGUCCGUACUGUAAGGAGAAAGUAGACCUUAAGAAGAUGUUUUGCAGUCCAUGGGAGCGGCCGCACGUUUUGUAUGGACAAUUAUUAGAUUGGAUCAGGUGGUUAGUGGCAUGGCAACCUUUAAUCCUGUUCCUAGUUCAAGGAAUAAACUGGGCGUUAGGCCUCGAGUAAGUAAAAAAUUGUCUCUGCGGCGUGUAUCCUACACGAAUUCCAGCCAAAGAUAAUAAAUUUCUAAGUGUAUAAUUCCAUUUUACACAUUAUAAAUGACGUGAGUUUAUUUAUACACUUACCUAAAAAAAUAACACUGUAUUUCAUACGUUUGUAUAUAUAUAUAAUAUACAUAUUUUAAUGUUAGUCGUAUAUAUUUUACAUUCGCAACUGCGUCGCGAUAUUUUAUAACCAAAUUAGUAUUUUCACUUUAGCCUUCACAAAACAAUCAUGCAUUUUCAAUAUCGUUAUCGUAAUACGAAAUCGGUUACAUUUUCCACUAUAUUCAUCAACAUUUCUGAUAACUUCUCGCUCGGUCCCACAAUUACUAAUGUGAUUGGGUCAAAAGUGGCAUAAUAUUUUCACCAAAUAGCGUUAUUAUUUCUAUGGUUGUGAAGAGUGUAAUUGUUGACACGUUGUUCUGUACAUGACUUGAAUGUUGCAAUUAAUUAAAUUAUCAAGUGAUUGAGAGUGAAUUUAUUCGUUAGUUGUCGCCCGUUUGAUUCAUUCGCUGUGUAGCCCAACAGUGCUACAGGGUUAUCAUUCUAAGGUCUGAUCACCUGUUCAUCAUUCAUCCAAAUGAGUAGAGUAAUUAUAUUUCCCGAUAAGUAGCAAGGUUUAGGAUCGUCUGUAAUUUAUUUUUCAAUAAUAACAAAUGAAAACAAAUCAGUAAUUGAUAUAAAAAAUUACAACUGUAUGGCCGCGUAAAGUAAUUUUAUAUUUUUUCAUUAUUUUAUAUAAUCAAACGUUAAUAAUGACCUUGAAUUGCGGCCCGUUAAGAAAUGUUAACUAACGUCUGAAACUCUUUUCACACUGUAAAAUUCAAAUAACCAGUUGAAUGUAGCUAGUCCAGAUGAAAUCAUAACUGUACUUUUGUACUUCACGUCAAAUAAAAUCUUAGUUACUAAAUAAAUGAACUACGGAGAAACUCGUUAUUGAAGAAAGUUCCAACCCUACGGUCUUUUUUUAAAAAGACAAAACUUUUCCCAGAGAUGGAAAUGUGGAAUCGUUUAAAAGUGAGUUUCACGUCGGUUGAUCAAUCGUUUUUGGUACUGAACAGUAGAAAUCAUAUGUAACAUUUUGCAUACCUUUCAUACGUCGUUCGUUAUUGUCUACUGCUCUCGGGUACUUUGAGAUAUUUCUCUCCUCAGACUACUUUGAACAUGUUAAUACUGAGUUUGUACUACAUGUGUCACAGUGUAUGUAUCAGUGACUAACUAAUUGGCCUGCUGUGCUAGACGGAUUAGACACACACCUGAAACUAUAUAGGCACAUAACUUGAUAAUGUAAACAGAAACACUGUCUUGUAUAAUCUAUAGAACGAAGUAUUGUAAAUAGAAUUCCACCUACGUCCUGAUAAGCGUUUCGUUAUUUGUAAUAUAUAAUGAUAAUAUGUAUUGUCUAUGAGAAAAUAAUCACCCGUUUUCUAAUCAUUGUAAAAAUAAACUUCAAUUCAGUACUCA